AUGGAUAAGAACAGAACAUCAAAAUUGUCGCCCUUUUCUGCGCUCAAAUACUCCAGUCCUGUGGUUGCAUUGAACCGAAUUGAUGUGUCUCUUCCGCCGUCAGAGGCAGAGGUAGAAGGAGCACCAGGACCAAGAACGCGUUCUCAAACAGCUGCAAAUAGGCAGACAAGGAGACCCGAUGAGACAAACCGACAAAAGCCUUUCAUUGAGUACAAGACUCGGAGGCACAACCCGAGGAGCAGGAGGGAAGACGCUAAUUCCGAUCCCCGUCAACAGAAGGACUCACAAUUGUCGGUAAAGGACACUUUUCGCUUUGAAUUGAAGAACAGCCCGAAAACGAGGUCAGAAAACCGCACUGCACGCAAUGAUUCAUGGAUGAACAGCAAUUCAGGGCGUCGAGAUAGCAUUUUUCCACGAAAUUCGCCAAGAAGAUAUGAUUUGGAUCUCUUUGACGCCAACAAACCGCCUCCGCCGCUCUUCAAGAGUCCGCGAAGGACUAACAACUCGUCGAACAUUUCGCAGCCAUUCCCUCUGAUGUCAAUUGAUUUCUCUAAGCCACCUCCAACUUCUGGAUUCAGGAUGGAGCUUCCCAAUUCCACUAUGGAGGCUCAGUCGAAGUCUGCGGAGAAUUCCUGGGAGAAGCUCGAAGAAAUAAGGAAAAAAGACCAGGAAAUGAUCAGAGAUUUCCUAAAGCAGCGCGGAUACAUUGAAGGCUGUGAAACUUCUGCAAACAAGCGCAAGUCCGUAGAUGAAGAGAUGGACGUUGACGAGCCAAAGAUGACUCUCGAGUUGGCACAGGCGAUCCUGGGUCAGUGCAUCUCGAAAGUGGGCAAGAUCUCGAAACUGACGCACGUCAUGCGGAACAAUGUGGACAUUAUAGAAAACUAUGAGUGGCAACUGAAGAAUCAACAGUUGAACAUUCUCAGGGCGGAGAUCAUUGAGACACUGCAGCCUCUGCUGAAUCCGUCAGCGAUUGGGGUGCUCCAGGGGCGACUGAAGAAGCGCAAGGCGAAAAUGCUGUGGUUGCAUAAGCGCAGUGCCGUGUUUAGGAGCAGGAAGCAGAUGGAGAAAGAGCGCAGAGCGCGAACGAAGGCUUUCGUUGACUACUGGAACGAGAAGUGGCAAGAGCUGGAUAACGAGAAUCGAGACAAGGAGGUGGAGAAGAAGCUUGCCACGCAAUUGCUGCAGGACGUGACAAAGAGGAUCAGUGAAACGAGGGAGAUCAUUUCGAUCUUCGGGCAACUGAAGGUUCUCUCGCUGGCUCGCCUGGUUGCUGAUGGACAGAAUGGCGACGAAGGAUUCAACAAGAAGAUGGACGAAUUGCAGGCCGUGUGGGAAGAUCUGCUGCUUGAGUAUCAAGAGGAGAAGAUAACGUUGGAUACGAUGAUCGACCGGCGCACGUCUAACGCUCCGCUGCCGCCGAAACCUGCGUCCCUGGAGUCGCAGUGGCUGCAAACGAUCUUCGGAACGGAGAGCAUUUAUGAUGAUGGCAAUCAGUAUCUUCUAGCUCAGCGCGAUUUGCCGUGCUUCCUACAGAUCCGCGGUAUCUGGGACAGGUUUCUCGUGCCAUUGAACGCCCCAAGAGAUGUGGGAUCGUCGAUCCCAAUCUUCUGGUCGCUGCCCAGCAGUCGCCCAACAACAGCCUGGCGACAAUUCCAACGCCGCGACUAAAAUUUCUAACGCGACACAGAAUCAGUGAAAUUCAACGCUUUUUGAGACUUAAAACUGGAGUAUUUUCUACUUUACAUUUCUUUCUCUUUUAUCAGUAAUACAAGUAACACAUUGAAUUGUUUACGAUCAAAUAAAAUUUAUGGAUUUUCUAA